UUCGGAUUUAAAGCGACAGAACUUUCUCCCGCUCGGCGGGCGGGGCCUAGAGCCGGACGACGCGUCUGAGCUGCUUGGAAAGGGGCGCGGAGAGGCGCCGGGGAGCCGGGACUUCUCCGGAGGGGCGCGCGCUCGUCCCCAGCCCGCCCUGCCCAGGUGCCCCCUGCCGUGCCCGAGGCCCCGCCAUGGCCCAGCAGAGAGCCCUGCCGCAAAGCAAGGAGACGCUGCUGCAGUCUUACAACAAGCGGCUCAAGGAUGAUGUCAAGUCCAUCAUGGACAACUUCACCGAGAUCAUCAAGACCGCCAAGAUUGAGGACGAGACGCAGGUGUCAAGGGCCACUCAGGGCGAACAAGAUAAUUACGAGAUGCACGUGCGAGCCGCCAACAUCGUCCGAGCCGGCGAGUCCCUGAUGAAGCUGGUGUCCGACCUCAAGCAGUUCCUCAUCCUCAACGACUUCCCGUCGGUGAAUGAGGCCAUCGACGAGCGCAGCCAGCAGCUGCGAGCUCUGCAGGAGGAGUGUGACCGGAAGCUCAUCGCCCUGCGGGAUGAGGUCUCCACAGACCUCUACGAGCUGGAGGAGGAGUAUUACUCGUCCAGCUCAAGUCUUUGCGAAGCUAAUGAUCUGCCUCUGUGUGAAGCUUACUGGAGGCUGGACCUCGACAGAGACUCCGCCGACGGCCUCUCAGUCCCUCUGCCGGCGUCCCCGGAGCCCAGUGCUGGCCCCCUGCAGGCUGCAGCCCCUGCCCACUCCCACGCCGGUGGCCCCGGCCCCGCAGAGCACGCCUGAGCCUCCCAGGGCUCCUCUCCCCGGGCCCCUAGACCUUAGGAAUGAAGUGCAGUGUUCCCCUCUAGGCCCACCACAGCCUCAGCUCCCUUCAGCCUUGGGGCCCACUUGGGGAGCCGCCGUGGCCUCUUUCGGAACCGUGUCAGCCCAGGGACAGCCCACCGAGGGGUGUUGGGGGAAAGCAAAUACCCCCAGCCAUGCCGGGGGGCCCAUCCUUACUCUUGUCGUCACCUUAUUUGCUACUUUCCUGGCUGGCUGGAAGGAAGUUUCCAGGAUAGUUUGUCCCGUUGAGGACUAACGGCGGGGCAGGGAGGAUGCCCAGCCUUGGGAGACCUGACCUGAGCGUGGUGUUUACAAUGGAGGACGCAAGUGCUCAGAGUGAACAGUACUAGCCAAGGCCAGGCCCCCAUGCAGAGCUCUGCCCGCUACCUUGCCCUGAGGCUCCCUGCGCUAGCUGACUGCCCCUGCAGGGCUGUGGGGAAAGGGGGCUGCCCACUCUUGCAUAAGUCAGGCAGGGUCCUUCCUAAUUCCGCUGCUGCACACGUUUUGGUUCUUUUUGUGAUGAGACUGUUGAAUAAAACCAGCUCCACCCUU